AGAUUCAAUCAAGUUUCUGAUAUUAAUAAAUAUGCAUAAGAUUUAGGAUUUAGCGAAUAUAUUGUGACACGUGAUGACCGAACAGCACCGUAUUUCAGCCUUCAACAAGGCUUUGUAUAUACAGAAAUGCAACUGCGCUAUAUCGUCUUCUGUCGAAAAGGUAUAGCUACACCGUUACACUUCAUUUUGUUUGCGUCUUCAGAAAUUAAUCUGGGUACUCAGAUUAUUAUUUCGUUUUCAUGUCAAUGGCUAUCAAUUUCCGGUCUUCGAAAUGUAUACAAAAAUGUAUCAAAUUCUCACACAAUACCCGUGGAUAAAUCUGCAAUUUCAAUGAGCUUAUUUCCCUAAAAUGCCGUCAACAGCAAUUCCACGGACUGCACAGAUACGCUUUAUAUCGUAAUUAUUUGUCUUAGAUUCAACCCAUGUUGUGCGUCAAACUGCACGUCACAGAUACAUAGGAUAGAGUGUUUGAGGGGAAGUGCGCAUAUAUCGCUGCCUUUUAACACCAUCAGUCUACAGUUCCUCUGCGCUAUUGAAAAUCAAGAUCUACCCCGUGUAGCGGCGGGGGGGAGGGGGGGACAGCAAUACUGAUUGGGCCGAAUCUCUGGGACAUUUUCAUUAUUUAGAAAUGUGACACUGCAGGACAAUUUUCGCGGAGACAGAGAGAAAGACCAUUCCAUCACAUUCGCUCGCCGACUCUUUGAAUCCAGGCUGAGGUUUUGGCAUCGCAGGAUCCGCCAUGAUUUCCUUCUGGAAGGGGGAUGGAGCGGCUUGUUGGGGGUUCUGCUGGGUUCUGCUCGGGUUCUGCUGGGUUCUGCUCGGGUUCUGGAGGGCUUGCGCCGCUUGUCCCGCAUCUUGCAUUUGCAAUGCGUCCAGAAUCGUAUGUCUUGAACAGGAUCCUGGGCUUGCGGCUUUCCCUGUUCUCCAGUCAGAUAUUGACAUGGAAAAUGUCACCGAAAUAUUUAUUGCAAAUCAAAGCAGACUGUCUUCAAUCAAUGACAAUGAUCUAAAGUUCUAUACAAACCUCAGGAGUCUAACUGUGACAAAGACAGACCUGACUUCCAUUUCCCCAGUGGCCUUUCUGAGUAAUGCCAAACUGCAGUAUCUGAAUCUAAAGGACAACAGAUUACCUACGUUGUCAUGGAAAUCCUUCCAAAACAUAAACAUUUCUUAUCUGCUGCUGGGUGGAAACCCACUCCAGUGCUCCUGUGGGAACCUCUGGCUCAGACACUUUCUGGGAGAGCAGGCUGAGAGCCAGAGGUUGCGCUGCCUAGAAGAAGGUGUUGGAGAGAAGCCGCUGUCCCAGCUCUCCCCUCCCACAUGCGUUCCUCCAAAUACUGUGACCAGUCCAUCUGUCAUCACUGAAAUGGAAGGAAGUGAAAUUACAGUCACAUGUAGUACAUCUGGGGUACCCACUCCUCAGCUUAAAUGGGACACAAGCAGUAUAGCCACUGUACGUCAGGUUGAUAGCUAUGCACUCAAGGCUGUCCUAACCCUGAAGGGGCUUUCUGUCUCUGACAAUGGCAGACGGGUCAUCUGCAGCGCUGAGAACACGGCCGGGGGCAGUGAAGCCUCCGUGCUGCUCAACAUUCUGUUUGCUCCGAGGAUCCUGCAGCUCCUGACUCCUGUGCUGGAUCACCACUGGUGCAUCCCCUUUAGUGUGGCGGGGAAUCCCAAGCCAGAGCUGCAGUGGUAUCACCAAGGGAAGCUGGUCCCUGACCAAGACUACAUCAAGACGCUGAUCCACGACUGGACAGAGAGCGAGUAUCACGGCUGUUUGCAGCUAGACAAUCCUACACAUAUUAACAAUGGGGAUUACACUUUGGUGGCUAAGAACCAGUUUGGCCAGGACCAGAAGACAGUGUCAGCACACUUCAUGCACAUGCCUGAGAUUCUUGGUCCUGAUUAUGAGGAUGACUCGGAACCUACUGACAGUGUGGCUGUGUAUGUAGUCGUGGGAGUUGCAGCCGUAGCUUUUACUGGAUUCAUUCUGUUGUUGGUUCUUCUGAAAUUUGGAAGAAACUCAAAAUUUGGAAUGAAAGCAUCAUCUUCUGUGAUCAGUAAUGAUGAUGACUCUGCCAGCCCCCUUCAUCACGUUUCUAAUGGCAACACUACUCCGUCAGAGAUGGGAAAUGACCUGGUCAUGAUUGGAAUGACAAAGAUUCCAGUUAUUGAGAACCCACAAUACUUCAGCGGGUCUAGCAGCUUGCUCCAGUCACACACCUUCGUUAAGCACAUCAAACGACACAACAUCGUACUGAAGAGGGAGCUGGGAGAGGGGGCAUUUGGCAAGGUCUUCCUGGCAGAAUGUUACAGCUUGUCUCGCGAUCAGGAGAAAAUGCUGGUGGCUGUUAAGAUGCUGAAAGAAGCCAGUGAAGACUGUCGGGCAGACUUUCGGCGGGAAGCAGAGCUUCUGACUAACCUUCAGCAUGAACACAUCGUGACUUUCUAUGGUGUCUGUGUGGAAGGUGACCCUCUCAUCAUGGUGUUUGAGUAUAUGAGACAUGGGGAUCUCAACAGGUUCCUCAGGGCACAUGGUCCUGAUGCAGGCCUGAUGGCAGAUGGACGGCAGGUGGCGCAGGCUGAGCUCAGCCCCUCCCAGAUGCUGCACAUUGCCCAGCAGAUUGCUGCAGGGAUGGUGUACUUGGCUUCACAGCACUUUGUGCAUCGCGACCUGGCUACACGCAACUGCUUGGUAGGGGAGAACCUUCUCGUGAAGAUUGGAGACUUUGGGAUGUCCCGGGAUGUGUACAGCACUGAUUACUAUAGGGUGGGAGGCCACACCAUGCUCCCCAUACGCUGGAUGCCCCCAGAGAGCAUCAUGUACAGAAGGUUCACCACCGAGAGUGACGUGUGGAGUCUGGGCGUCGUUCUCUGGGAGAUCUUCACCUAUGGCAAGCAGCCCUGGUACCAGCUGUCUAACAAUGAGGUGAUUGAAUGCAUCACACAAGGCCGGGUCCUCCAGCGACCUCGCACCUGCUCCAAGGAGGUUUACGACCUGAUGCUAGGCUGCUGGCAGCGAGAACCACACCUUAGGAUUAACAUCAAGGAGAUUCACAACUCACUGCUUAACUUGGCAAAAACCUCACCUGUCUACCUGGACAUCCUGGGCUGAGACACUGGGACACCUUGUGUGAUGGUGAAAGGCUGUUUGUGUGGGAGAAAGAUGUUUGCAUGUGUUCAGGAUGUAUGUGUUUGUGUUUGUUCAUCUAAUUCCUGCUUCUGCCUAUUGAGAUAUACAAAAUAUUUUCUAAUGGGAAAAAACAAACAAUCAAUUUAAAAAUCAAUUUCGUUCCCAAAGCACAGUGGAAGUACACAUACACUUUUGACUGAAAAAAGUCAAACAAAAGAACUAUAAAAUAUUUCUGUGAUUGUUUAUUUUACCUGAAAAUAUAAUGGAAAAUAAUUUAAUAACCCAGAACCAGUAGUAUUUUGAGUGCAAAAGCGACAUAAAAUGACCCAUAAAAUCUAUGUACAGCAUCAUGGUUCAUGAUUCAUGCUAAGGAUAUGGAAAUGUCAUUGUACAGUGUUGUAGGCUGAAAAAAUUGUCUUGAGUAAAAAUCUGUUAUUUAGAUAACAGCAAUUUAAUUAAAAUAUUUAUUACAUAUAUAUGAAGUAAGAAAUUUCUCCACGAGAAAAAUCUUGUGAACUGAUUAAUCUCAGUAUCCACCAGCUCCAUCUGUAACAUAUAAAUUGAUUUAAAAUGAUAUUUUAGGUAUUUUCAGUGUGCAUUUCUCCAAUGAAGGCAGGAAUGACUACUGGAUAUUUACCAUUUCUUUUUUUCUAGAUUAUUGGUUCUGUACUCUGAUUUGUGCAAUAAGGAUAUUAAAAAUAAUGAAGGAGAAGCAGCCACAUUGAUAGUAUCUUUCUGUUGGUGGGAUUAUGUGCAGACCCUCAGGACAAUAAUAUGUCAUUCACACCCAGGAAUUUUCUCUAAGCAAUGAGUAGAUCUUUCAUUUGCUAUAGCACAAUUAUCUCCCAAAUAAGCAUUUGUUAGAUGGAGGCUUUGUGUAAAUAUGAAACUAUUUUCAGUAUUACUCUAUAGCAUCUCAUAUUGUAUUUACUGCAAAUACAUAGUAAGAAGGCUUUACUGAGAUUGAAUUGUGUCUUUUUUUAGCAGAUUGAGCAGUAGUUUACACCUAACACAGGAUUGUAUGCUACAACAGUAGCUAGCCAUGCAGCACUGUACUUUAAAAGCUGUUUAUACUACUGAUGGAAUAGUAACACAGCUAAAUCCAGUCAUCCCCCCCAAAAAGGGUCUGAUCAGUGAGUACCUUAUCCCAGUGUUUCCCAAUCUGGUUCUUGGAGAUCCCCAGAUGAGCUGAGGAGCAAAAAUGUGGACUGUCUGGCAGGGAGCUCGGAGGAAGCAGAAAUGUGGACUGUCUGGCAGGGAGCUCGGAGGAAGCAAAAAAGUGGAGUCUGGUGAUUCCCAAGGAGCAGCUUGAGAAUCACUGCCUUAUCCUACUGCCUUUAUCGCUGACAAAAGCCCUGUUUGAAAAACACCUGGAAGGUUAAAAAUGAUAUAACCUACAAAGCUGUUUUAUGUUUGAAUACUUUCUGUCUGGUUUUUAGUUUAUGUAUUCAUUUAUUUAAUUUUUGUAAUAUACUUUAUAUAUUAAUAUAAUCUUAUUUUUGACCAUCAUUUGUACAGAAAACAGCCUACUGGCCCUUUUAUUUUAUCGUAUUUUUAUGUCUUUUUAACUUUGUAAAAGACUGGUUUUUGUGAAAAACUGUAUAAAAUGUAGUAGUAGUUGUAGUAGUCACAGUCACUCUGAAGUGUAAUACCAUAUUACUAUAAUAAUACAUCACUGUAUUGUAUAGUAGCCUAUACAAGUAAUACAACAGCAUACAACUUUACAGUGCAGAUGUGUACUCUUCUGCACCAUUCAGUAUUAAUGCAGGAGUCACACUACUUUACAGCUGAGUAUUAAAAGCAGUGGAGUGUACAAUGUUAUGCUGUUGAGUCUUAAUGCAGCAUAUUUGGUGAUUUACCAUUAAUACUGCAUGUCAUCAUCUUUGCACACUGACAGCCAACUUGCAAAUCAGAUGUCAACGCGGCAUUAAUUUCAAAUGCUACAUGUUACAAGAAAAGUUGUCUUUACAGGAUACAUCCAGUUAGCAUUGCUUGCUAAGCCUAAUUUUGAUAAUUGUGACUAUGCGGGAUGAAAUAAUGUUCUUUGCACUGAUGAAAAUAAGGUUUUGUUAAUAUUUUGAAUAAAAACUGUGAAUACAUAAACAGAACACUUCUUAUGAAUGUAACUAUACAAUGGUAUUAACCUGAAUGUAUGUGAACCUUGGAUUUCCUAUGUUUGUUUUUCAGUCGGGGUCUUACAGUGUGUCUUUGUGCUGUGUGACAGGCUUUGCUACAGGUUAGCCCAGAAUUUCUGUGCAUCACGAAUGAUGCUUAUCUAAAUAAAAAACUAAAAUCUCUUA